AUGCGCUGUUGUGCUUGUUUAUCUCAGCAGCAAACCCUGCAGUGUUCUCCAUCCAAAAUGGCUGCGGAGGAGGAGAGCAAUAGCAGAGCUCCAUGUCUCAAUUUCUCCAGUCCCGGACCGCUGGGUAAUGCUCAGCCGAGCAACAACGCCCAUUCCUCGCCCGCUACAAACGAGGGGUCAGCGGGUGCAACUGGAGGGGCACCACGGACAGCGGGACACUCAAACCCUCAACCAGGCCCUGACCGUGGCGGUGGCACCGAUGUCAGAGUAGAGCAUUCCCCGAAUAGACAACACACUACGCCACAGUCAGCGGGUCAGAGUGCCACGGCUGCCCGGGCACCGACAGUCGCAGGAGGAGCUGCGACAAACAUGACAGCAUCCUCCGUGGAGUCCCCGAACAUUCCAUCCUCACUUCCCAGUAGCCCUGCAUCUGCGGCCGUAUUGGUUUAUCGGGAGCCAGUGUACAACUGGCAGGCCACAAAAAACACCGUGAAAGAAAGGUUUGCGUUUCUGUUCAACAACGAGGUGCUGAGUGACGUGCAUUUUCUGGUGGGGAAGGGAAUGGGAGUGCAGCGGAUACCAGCACACAGAUUUGCCCUUGCCGUAGGAAGUGCAGUAUUCGAUGCCAUGUUCAAUGGCGGUAUGGCCACCACCUCUACUGAGAUCGAGCUGCCUGACGUGGAGCCGGCUGCAUUCCUUGCCCUGCUCAAGUUCCUGUACUCAGAUGAGGUGCAGAUAGGACCCGAGACUGUGAUGACCACACUGUACACAGCCAAGAAGUAUGCCGUGCCGGCCCUAGAGGCCCACUGUGUGGAGUUCCUCAAGAAGAAUCUACGGGCUGACAAUGCCUUCAUGUUGCUCACUCAGGCGCGGCUCUUUGACGAACCUCAGCUGGCCAGCCUCUGUCUGGAGAACAUCGACAAGAACACUGUGGAUGCACUCGCUGCCGAGGGCUUCACUGAUAUUGAUCUAGACACACUGGUGGCGGUGCUGGAGAGGGACACUCUGGGGGUGCGGGAGGUACGUCUGUUUGGGGCUGCGGUGCGCUGGGCAGAGGCAGAGACCCAGAGGCAGCAGUACCAGCCCACUCCGGAGAACAAGCGCAAAGUGCUGGGCAAAGCCCUGGUCCUUAUCCGCUUCCCUCUCAUGACCAUCGAGGAAUUUGCUGCAGGUCCAGCCCAGUCUGGUAUUCUUAGUGACCAGGAGGUGGUGAGCCUGUUCCUUCACUUCACGGUGAACCCCAAGCCUCACGUGGAGUUCAUCGACCGGCCUCGCUGCUGCCUGCGGGGGAAGGAGUGCAGCAUCACACGCUUCGGACAGGUGGAGAGCCGCUGGGGCUACAGCGGGACCAGUGACUGCAUCCGGUUUUCAGUGAAUCGGAGGAUAUUUGUGGUUGGAUUUGGCCUCUAUGGUUCGAUACAUGGUCCUACAGACUACCAAGUCAAUAUACAGGUCAUUCACACAGACAGCAACACUGUCCUGGGUCAGAACGACACAGGCUUCAGCUGCGACGGUUCCUCCAACACAUUCCGGGUCAUGUUUAAGGAACCAGUGGAGAUCCUGCCCAGUGUCAACUACAUCGCGUGUGCCACCCUCAAGGGACCAGACUCGCACUAUGGCACCAAAGGAAUGCGUAAAGUGACCCACGAAGCCCCUGCCACCGGCACCAAGACCUGCUUCACCUUCUGCUAUGCUGCAGGAAACAACAACGGCACUUCAGUAGAGGACGGACAGAUCCCUGAGGUCAUCUUCUACACAUAAUGAAUCUCCUCUGACCUCCCAACCAAGGACUGGCUAUAUGUGGGUCCCAAAUGACACCUUAUUGCCCAUAUAGUGCAAAGUAAUACUUCAGGCAAUAGUACAGCUCCUCUAUUCCUCAUUAGUCUUUACUACUACUACACUUCAUCAAAGGGUUGUCCUCUAAAGCUGGUUACACAGGCAGACUAAUUCUAGAUUUUAUUCCACUAAUUGGUCUUUUGACAAUCAGGUCAUCGUUGCAAAAGAUUGACGUGAUUGUUCAAAAGAGCAAUUAGUGGAAAAUAUCAGAAUUGUGUAAACUCAGCCGACAUGGUAAAUCUAACCAGGACCUGGUUGUUACAAACUUCUGAUAUUCAUGUUGGAUCUUUGUGCAUACAGUAUUGAAUGGAAGUGGACUUUAGUUCAGUUUUUCCACCAAUAAGCACACUUUUGUAGCCCUGGAUAAGCACACCUGAUUCAACUUGUCAACUAAUCAAGCCCUGAGUUGAGUUUUUGUCCAGGGCUACAACAAAUGUGUUAGGGAUACUCAAGGACUGGAGUUGGGAAAUGCUGCUUUAGUGGUUAAGUGUCCAUCUUUCCAGUCUAGACUGAUGUGGACUUUUAUCUGAAGCAAAUAAGUAUGUCUUCYAAAUAAUGUAUCUGUCAGGUAAUUAACAGAUAAGAAAUCUGCAACAAAAAAGUCCACCCAUACCUCAAUGAAAGAUUAGUCCCCAAAUGGUUGCUAGGUUUAAUCUUAACCUCUUCCAAUGGCUGGGUGUAGAAUUGUGAAUGAAAGCGCAGAAAUUGAAUUCCUUUGACAAUUGAUUAUAUAGUUGCACUGAUGCACUUUGACAGGAAACUGACAAUUAAACCCUGCCUGCAAGUUUACUAUAUUAUAGAAUUGAGUAAUCCCUGAAAUAAAUUGUUGAAAUUCAAUACAUUUCAGGAACUGUUGGCCUACCUGGUGAAUCAAUGAGUCAAACAUGUUACUCUACCAGUAUAAUGAACCAAAAUUGGAAUUGACGAAAAUGAAUUGUCUGAUUUAAUGUAUGGUGAACUGAAGUUACCACUGCUUUACAGUUUGCCUAGACCUGUAAAUAGUAAAGUAAGCAAGUGUCUUGUUUUGGAUGCCAUUCUGUGGAGCCAUGGUGCCAGGAAGGCAUGUUUGCCUUCUCAUCAUUUUUCAUGCAAGUUAGAGAAAUGUGUAUAUACUCAAUUGCAUGCUUGCGAAAUGCAACACGUUGGUAAACUUUUCUUGUCUAGGUAUACCGCCUGCGUGGCAGGAGGCAAUUGCCUGAGGUGCCCAUAAAAUGGUACCAAACAAUGCAAUCUCAAAUUAAAAACACAAGUCUGGCUAAUGUACAUUGUAAAUAAAAUGUUCAGAUUAAA